AUGAAAGGCGCCAUUUCGUCGAUACUCUACAUAUCCACCAUUCUGUUUAUAAGGUUGCAUCAGCAUGUCUUCAAGGUUAAGAGCAAGAUGGCUCUCCCAGACCCCGAUAUGCCCGCUGGUCGUUUCCACCACGCGAUAUUCGUCAAAACUGAAAAUGAUGGCUCUGGUACCGUCUAUCAUGUUACCGGCGACGUCACAUCGAGACAAGGAAUGAGCUAUGAGAGCAAAAAGACUGAGAAUCCAGAGGAGUUGGAAACGUUUUACUCCAAGGAACUGCUUGGUUACACGGAUUCUAUUCACCAGUGGGACUCGGUUCUCAGUGCCCUACCCACGCCGCCUCAACAAAAAGCCUCAAACCCGAGCAAACAAGGGAAAGUCGAGCCUUUCAAGGAGAAAGUUGGAGACUACGAAUAUGUAUUCUACAGUCCAGGCGAAGAGCGAAAACCUCUCUGGAAGUGCACUGAGUGGGUGGAGUGGCUUAUGACUACUGAUGACUGA